AUUUCUUUCUUCCCCCCAUACCCAGAACAAUCCUCCUCUUUUGACUCUCUGCUUUCCAAGUUCUUCAUCUCGAUUGCAUCAAUUCGCAUCACAAAGAAUCGAUUCUUCAAUUGUUCUCUGCGAAACCUUCGAUUUGACCAAAAUCCACAUCCCAUUACACGCGUUCUAUCGCCAAGCACACAUCAUAUCAUCACCUGACGAUCAUGCCUCCCAAGGCCGCCCCCAAGAAGGCUGCUGAGCCCAAAGCAGCACCGAAGAAGACUCCCCUUCCCAAGAAGAAUAACGAGAUCACUAAGAAGCCUGCCGCGAAGCCCGCUGGAAAGAAGGAAGCUACUACUACCAAUGGCGCGGCUGCCGCCUCCAAGAAGCGCAAGCUCGCCGAGGAGGAAUCAGAAGUCGAAGCGUCCGAGGCCGAGGAGCCCGAGAAGACCGAGAAGCCUGCCCCCAAGAAGAAUACCAAGAAGGCAGCAGAGCCUGCUGUGAAGAAGACCAAGACUACCACUGCCGCCCCCAAGAAGAAGGCCGCGGCUGCCGAGGAGACCGAAGAGGAGCCCAAGGUCGCGAAGCCCGCAAAGAAGGCUGCCGCGAAGAAGGCCGAGCCCAAGAAGACUGCUGCUGCGAAGAAGACUGACGCCAAGCCCGCCGCUGAUAGCAAAAAGCGCAAGUCAAGCGAGGAGGCGACAGAAGACGAGAAGCCCAAGGCGAAGAAGUCAAAGACCGACACUGCUGAGGUCGACAGCCAGGCUACAGAAUCGGCCAAGGCCACAGAGUCUGCGGAUGAGGAGCCCGAGGCUGUCAAGCCUGCGAAGGCUACCAAGAAGGCCGCUGUCGCUGCCCCCAAGCCUCCCCCAGCCCACCCCCACAAGAUUGGCAAGAAGAUCAAUUCUGCGCCGACCCAGAUCCUCGAUGUGUAUGUAUUCGGCGAGGGAUCCUCUGGCGAGCUCGGUCUUGGCAGCAAGAAGCUUGACGGCAAGAAGGUUGUCGAUGUCAAGCGCCCGAGAUUGAACCCUAACCUCGAUGCCAAGGACGUCGGUGUUGUCCAGAUUGCUUGCGGUGGCAUGCACGUCGCUGCUCUGACCAAGGACAACAAGAUCCUCACAUGGGGCGUCAACGACCAGGGCGCUCUUGGUCGCGACACCAACUGGGAUGGAGGACUCCGCGAUGCUGACGCCGAAGAGGAGGAAGACGACGAGGACGACUCCGGUAUCAACCCCCACGAGAGCACGCCCACCGCUGUUGACGCGACGAACAUUGCUCCCGAUGUCAAGUUCACUCAGGUCGUUGCCAGUGACAGUGCCACAUUCGCCUUGACUGAGGAUGGCAGGGUUUACGGAUGGGGCACAUUCAGAUCGAGUGACGGUAUCCUCGGUUUCACCGACAAGAUCCAGAUCCAGAAGACUCCCGCCUACCUUCCCACAUUGAAGAACAUCACGGCCCUUGCUGCCGGUUCCAACCACAUUCUCGCUCUUGACGACAAGGGUGUCGUUGUCGCCUGGGGCUGCGGCCAGCAGAACCAGCUUGGACGCCGUAUCAUCGAGCGCAACAAGCUUUCCUCCCUUAUCCCCCAGAGCAUGGGUCUUCCCAAGAACAAGGUCGAUCGCAUUGCUUGCGGAUCCUACCACAGCUUUGCUCUUGGCAAGGAUGGCGCCGUUUGGGCCUGGGGUCUGAACAACUUUGCCGAGACUGGUAUUGAGAUGGGCGCUGGCGAGGAUGACGCCGUUGUUCUGCGUCCCACCAUUGUCGAGUCGCUCAAGAACUACAAGAUCAAGCAGAUCGCUGGUGGCGAGCACCACUCUCUUGCUUGCACCGAGGACGGCAAGCUCUUGACCUGGGGACGUCUGGAUGGCCACCAGGUCGGUAUCCCUGUCGAGGAGCUGGAUGCGGAAAGCGUCAUUAAGGAUGAGAGCAACAACCCCCGCAUUCUCUCUAAGCCUACUGCUGUUGAGGAUAUCUCCAAGUGUGUAUACGUUGCCGCUGGUGUUGACAACAACUUUGCCAUUGACGGAAAGGGCGAGGCUCACUCGUGGGGCUUCUCUGCCAACUACCAGACUGGCCAGGGCACGACUGAGGAUAUCGAGACCCCUACCACCAUUGACAACACCGCUGUCCGCGGUAAGAAGCUCGUCUUCGCUGGCGCCGGUGGCCAGUACUCUAUCCUGGGAGGUGUUGCCGAUGUUCCCAAGGUCAACGGCUUCGCGCCCCAACCAGCCGCUGGUGGUUUCAGACCUGUUUUCUAAGUCUCUUAGAGAAAAGGUUGGACCUUGUCAGCGCGGCGGCGAGUCCCAAAUGACAGCAAGCGGAUACGACUGGCUUCUACAAGAACACGGAUGAUGAAUGAGCAAGCGCUGCAAUCACCAGAAACAAGAGGUGGACUCCAUACAUGAGCUGAGACGGCAUACCAAUUCCAGUCGAGAUACUUUUUCCUUUGGUUCAUUCUCAGCAUGAGCCAUGUUCACUCGCGAUACGAUACAUUCGUGCGGCAAUCUGAUUUUGAUGAGUUUCCGGUUUUUUCUCAAAUGUCCCCUGAGCGGACUAAUAGAAUUUUCAUUCCCAACGAGAGCGGCAGUGAGGCUUCGACUCGGCAUGAACGGAUGGGCAGAUAUAGAAACGGCCUCGAAGGGGAGUCAAACUUAUGAUACCAACGAGGAUUUUCUGCUCGACAAGGCCCCUCCUAUUGUGUGCCUAGCGGAGGAUCGUGACCGCCGCGGAGGCUGUUUGGCUAUGGAGACUGAUGAUAGUCUCCUGUAAUACUAUGCUUGGUCUCGAGAAGUUUUCAAGGUCUGAUCCUCCCCUUUUCUUUACACUUGAUGUGUAUAUUACGAGAGGAUCUUCUAGCCCAGCAUUAUGCAUUUUUAUAUUUUUAGCAGCAUGGAAAACGGAAGGGAUAGGAGGCAUUGGGCU